AUGAUUUCACCUAGACAUACCAGAAAAGCAGAUUUUAAUGAAAGAUUCUACAUCUGUCAAUGUACUGAAGCUUAUGCAACUAAUUUUAGUAAUACAGUUAAAUACAAUCAAUACAUUUCGAAAAAUUUACUUUCAAAUGCCUUGCGUUCAUUCAUAUUGAAAAAUAGUUGGUUAUUGCAUAAUUUUUUUAGAAUUGAUGAUCAAGACAGUGCUAAAACAAAUGGUCAUAAUUGGGUUGUUAAGAUUAUUGAUAAUGUUCAAUUUGACGAUGUUGUAAAAUAUGAAAAAAUUGAUGAAUUUAAUGAAAGUAUAAUGGAACGAGUAGAUUCUUAUAUAUUGACUAUGAAUGAAAAUUUACCAUUAUGGAGAAUCAUUAUGUUUGAAGAGAAUAAUGGGGAUCAAGUAGUUUGUGUUUAUGUUGAUCAUUCACAUUUUGAUGGUUUAUCAGGUGUACAAUUUCAAAAAGACUUAUCUAAGGAGCUAAGUACUGCAAGUGAUGAUAAGUUCAUUAGUGAGUUGUUUAGUUAUGAGAAAGAUGGUGAAUCAUUACCUGAUAUUGAACCUUCUGUCGAAAGUAUCACUGAUUUAUAUUAUCCCUCGUAUUUGCAAAUAAUGAAGAAUUAUUUGAGCUCAAUUCCAUUAAUGUCUGGUUUAUUUGCUUCAUCAGUUAAUCCACCGGUAUUUCAAACUACAAAACCAAUUGAUCAUAAUCUCAGCUCAAAGUACAAGUUUUUAAGAUAUACUCCACAACAAGUUGAAGAAAUUACUAAAUUUUGUAGAGCAAAUGGAAUUACAUUAACUUCAUAUUUUGACGUCUUAUUCCUCCAAGCUUUAGAAGAGACUGUAUUUAAAGAAAUUGGAAAUGGUCCAUAUUCUACUUCUUCAUUAGUUGCUAUAAAUGGUAGAAGAUAUUACUCUGAUGAUAUAAAGAAUUUCAAAUAUGGUUCAAUGGUGUGUGGAGAUGAAAUUAUAUUAAAACCAAUUUUAAACACUUUGGAAAGCAUGAAAUUGUUCCAUAAGACCCUAAUUCAAAAUAUUAAAUCCAGGUACUCUUUUAAAUUAAUUGGAUUGCUACAAUAUGUUAAUAUUUGGGAUUGGUUCAAAUUUAAAAUUGGUAAAGUUGAUAGAUUCACAAUGACAAUCUCAAACUUGGGUAAAAUUGCAGAUUCAAACUCAACGUUUACAUUCAAAGAAAUGUAUUUUUGUCUGAAUACUAGCGUAGUCUUCAAUACUAUCCUCAAUAUGACUACAUUACCAAAUAAUGAAUUGACUGCUGUUAUUGGAUAUGUACCAGAACUCUCCAAAUACAACAUGGAAGACUUCGUUGACAGGUUUUAUUUUUCAUCAUCAUUACCAAGUUUAAUUCCAUCCUGA